CCUUUCAUUUCGCGAGGAGAAAUUUUUGAGCUUUUGUGCCCCUUUCAGUACAUUUUUCCCUCAGUAUGUUUUUCAUAUACGUUUUGACAGAAUCUUUGCAUGUCUUCCUCCAGCUACCUUGUCCACCCCUAGUCCCUACGUACUCCUUUCAGAACGUUGUGGCACAAACGUCUGAUUACUUCACGCUGUGAAACACGUACAGCGCGAGUCGUGCCUAUUGCCGCAGAUUGAUGACAUCACGGCAUGCGCCUUUGCAACCAUCGGCGCUGCAAACCCCCUCGCGCCUUUUCUGAAUUGCUGCGGUGUUUAUCUUUGUAAACAUGCGCACUUAGCCUUAUCUUCUGCACUGGCUUCGUCUCAGGUGUCACGGAGACCUAACACUUGGCGGUGUGUACGAAUAAUACACGUACUGUACUCCUUUCGUUACGCGUUCGUCAAAAGAAGCCCUUCCAUAAACUUUCCAUCCUGCAGAGAUCAGGUGACCCAGACAUGCCAUCGAGAGGCGAAUCUUUCAGCCUUGCAGCUGUGGGGCACAAUGCUGACGAAGAAUCGGAUGUUACCAACGGGGAAAGUGCUUCCAGCGAGAAACGCACCUGGUAUAUCUUGAAAAACGUCCUGGUGGUCAGCUUUGGGUUCUUGCUCCUGUUCACUGCUUUUCAAUCUGUACAGAAUCUUCAAAGCAGCAUCAACUCCGUACAGGGACUUGGAAUCGCUUCGCUCGCUACAAUAUAUGCAGCUUUGGUGGUUUCCUGUAUGUUUGUGCCAACAUACAUGAUUCGGCGGCUUGGACUCAAGUACACGCUGGUGGUGUCGGUGCUCAUGUACAGUGUGUACUUCGUCGCCAACUUCUAUCCCACUUUUGCGACCAUGAUUCCAGCAUCAAUUGUACUGGGGUCAGGUGGCGCACCAUUGUGGACUGCUAAGUGCGCGUAUUUAACCGCCUUGGGGACAGAGUACGCAGGUCUUACGGGCCAGGUAGCUGGAGACGUCAUAACGCGGUUCUUCGGAGUUUUCUUCAUGAUUUUUCAAACCGGUCAAAUAUGGGGAAACCUCAUCUCGUACUACGUGCUGCGACCUGAUGCGAUUUUGGGAGCAACUAACGUCAGCGUUGAGAACUGUGGAAUAGCAUUCUCGACCGCAGAAGAUGACACUGCUAACACGAAUCUACAAGCUCCUGAUAACGUGAAGAUAUACACAUUGAUGACAGUGUACACCGUAAUCUCUUUGAGCGCUGCGCUUGCGUUGCUCCUGUUCCUGGAUCAUGUGGACCAGAAAGAUGUCCACAAGAAUCCCCCUCUCGCGUUGCUGGUAGAGACACUACGGCACCUGCGCAAGCCCUACCAGUGCCUCCUGAUCCCAUUGACAAUUUUCAGUGGAUUAGAGCAAGCGUUCUUAUGGGGUGACUUCACACAGGCCUACGUCAGCUGUUCAUGGGGAAUUCAUCGGGUAGGGUUCGUGAUGAUCACGUUUGGCUUCACGGAUGCAGUUUUUUCGAUGCUCUUUGGCGCUGUGAUUCGGAAGGUGGGACGAUUGCCAAUCUUUCUGCUGGGGGCUGUCGUCAGCGGAGCAUUAGUCGCAGCCUGCUUCCUGUGGAAGCCAAUGCCCGACCAGUCUUACGUCUUUUUUCUGAUUGCUGGCUUCUGGGGACUAGCAGACGCUGUGUGGCAGACACAGGUGAACGCCUUUUAUAGCGUGCUAUUCCCGGAAGACAAAGAGGCUGCGUUUGCCAACUACCGGCUCUGGGAGUCUUUAGGGUUCAUCGUAGCGUUCGGAACGCAGAAAAUACUGACCAUCCAUUUUAAGUUGAUAUUACUCUCCACUGUUUUGGCGCUGGGAAUGUUAGGUUAUAUCAUUAUAGAAAUUAAUAUCAUGAAGAAAAAAAUUGCCCUUCAAACAUGAUGCCUCUCGACCCUGUUCGUCUUGAAUGGUUAUGACAGAGUCGUCCCUGUGAGGUUCUGUUGUAGAUAUGGGACAACUACAAGAUACGGACUUUAUAAUGUCCAUUUUAAACACUACUAAAUGAUGUCUCAGUGAAAUGCGACAUAAAGUACUCGUGACAUUGCUAUUGACAUGUUAAUCAUAUGUGCACUCCCAAGCGUGCUUCUGUACAGCAAUAUACAUAUUUACACCUGAAUAAAUUUCAGUUGGACUCUUGA